AUGGCGGUCACUUCGUGGGGAAUUCUCUCCAUAGGGGAGCCGAAGCGAUCUGGGAUCUGCCUUGAGAACGCUGCACUCGCAGUAUCGGAUGUGAGGGCAGUAUACCGACGGGUCGCGCAAGCGGCCAAGAAGGAAAAUGUUACUGGAAUGGAGUCGUCCACCGAGCCACGUGUUGCCGCUGCGGCGGUCGCACAUCCAAGUCCUGAGGGUCGCGCAAGCGACCAAGAGGCGUUCCUCAAGCCUCGUAGUUACGUCGAUGAUCGCGCUCCACGUCAAUGGGCCGCCCAAUCGGCAGACUGA